AUGCAGAAGACUAUUAUCUUUGAUAUGUUGGGUUGUUCUUGUGCAGUACAGAGCAUUGGCAAUCUCGGGCUUCAACUGGGGCAUGGGAAGGAGCAGUGGAUGGAGCCUCUACACCCCUUCAUCCUUGCCAGCAUUGGGCGUGUCCAAGAAUUCCUCGACAGGCUGAUAGAUGUGGAUACAGAGAUGGAAGGAAGCGAAAAACAACCUUGGACUCUCUUCCACUCUUCGGCCACCAUCAAAGAAGGUUACCUGCAGAAACGUAAAGCAGAAGGGCUCCACCUGGUGUCUCGAUUCACCUUCAAAAAGCGUUACUUCUGGUUGAGCCAUGAAAGCUUUUCCUAUUCCAAGUCUCCAGAGUGGCAAGACCGUACAUCCAUUCCAAUCCAACGAAUCUGCGCUGUGGAACGGGUGGAUGAAAAUGCUUUCCAGCAGCCCUACGUGAUGCAGGUUGCGACGAGAGAAACGGGGGGCCAGCUGUUUACCAUCUACAUUCAAUGUAAGAACGUCAACGAGCUCAACCAAUGGCUUUCCGCGAUCCGAAAAGCCACCAUCGCCAAUGAAUGCAUGCUGCCCUUUUGCCACCCAGGGGCCUUCAGAGGCAAUCGCUGGACUUGUUGCUUGCAGACGGACCGUGCUGUUCGAGGCUGCAGCCGUACGCAUUCUGCAGUGACCCUGGGCGACUGGAGCGAUCCACUGGAUCCCGAUGCAGAAGCUCAGAUGGUCUACAAGCAGCUUUUGUUGCAUAAAGACAAGCUCAGGGAAAAGUACCAGGAGAUUUCAAACACCGAGGCUACGCGGGAACAAAGCAAUGCAGCCAAAAAAGCUUCAGACAAAAACCAGCGAAGGUUGACAGCAGCUGCCCAUCUUCUAGAAGUCAUCCAAGGACUGGAGCAGGCCCACAAGGCUUUUGAACAUCAAGAAGGUGGGGAGAAACCAGGGACUGGCACUCUCCCACCUCCCUAG